GUCAAAAGUGAGAACAACCAAACUCAAUGAAAAUUUGCUUCUCAUCUUAUUUAACAAAAAUCAUCUCCAGAAUCGCCAGAAAUAGAGUAAAAAAAUCGAAUCCUUGGCUCAAAUUUUGUGUGCAGCGUAGAAAGAGGGCAAAAAUGUCGUUGAGCAGAAGCCAGCAGAGCAAUGUCGGAUCGACGGGACUGAAAUCAGUGAUUAACUUGGAGGAAAUUUGGUCGGAUUUGGAGUCGGGCAUCAAGCAGGUGUACGAAAACAAGCGAAAUUUGGGAAUUCCGCGCUACAUGGAGCUGUAUACGCACGUCUACAACUACUGCACGAGUGUGCACCAGCAACCCACAACGGUUCGCAUGACAGCCUCGACCAAAGUCAGCAAAAAAUCGAGCACGACAAAUUUGUCGUCGGGCGGCGCGCAACUCGUCGGUCAGGAGUUGUACAAGCGUCUGAAGAACUUCCUCGAAACGUAUCUCACAAAGUUGCAGGGACAGGGGGUCGACUUGAUGGACGAGGAAGUGCUCAAUUUUUACACAAAACAAUGGGAGGAAUACCAGUUUUCGAGUAAAGUCUUGAACGGCGUCUGCAGCUACUUGAAUCGGCAUUGGGUGCGUCGCGAAUGCGAGGAAGGACGCAAAGAUAUCUACGAAAUUUACCAGCUGGCACUCGUGACAUGGCGCAUGCAUCUGUUCCGCAACCUCAACACACAAGUGACGAACGCCGUCUUGAAACUCAUCGAAAAGGAGCGAAAUGGCGAAACGAUUAACUCGCGUUUGGUCUCUGGCGUCAUCAAUUGUUACGUCGAACUGGGUUUGAACGAAGAAGACCCGAAUGCCCGCGGACAGAAUUUGAGUGUUUACAAGGCGCACUUUGAAGAUCUCUUUAUCCAGGACACGGAAACGUUCUAUACGCGCGAAAGUGUCGACUUUUUGCGCGAAAAUCCCGUCACCGAGUACAUGAAACGUGUCGAACAGCGUCUCGCCGAGGAAAAUAAACGUGUUGAGGUCUAUUUGCAUCGCAGCACAUUGGAACGCGUAUUGAAACGAUGCGAAGAAGUGUUGAUUAAAAAUCAUUUGGACUCGUUCCGGACCGAAUUUCAAAAUCUCCUUAACCAAGAUCGGAAUUCUGACUUGCAACGCAUGUACGAUUUGGUGUCGCGCAUCACAAAUGGCCUGAAUGACUUGAAAAAAAUCCUGGAGCAGCACAUUCAUCAAAUGGGCUCGGAGGCAAUUGCCAAAUGUGACGAAUCGGCGUCGAGCGAUCCGAAAGUUUACGUGCUGACGAUCCUCGAGGUGCACAAAAAGUACAAUGGCUUGGUGUGCGAGGCCUUUAAGAAUGACAGUGGCUUUGUAGCUGCCUUGGAUAAGGCAUGCGGGAAAUUUAUCAACCAGAAUGCCGUGACGAUUGCCAGUCAAAGUGCGACAAAGUCGCCCGAAUUGCUGGCCAAGUAUUGUGAUAUCCUGUUGAAAAAAUCGAGCAAAAACCCGGAAGAAGCGGAGCUCGAGGACACACUGAACCAGGUGAUGGUCGUUUUCAAGUACAUCGAGGACAAGGAUGUGUUCCAGAAGUUUUACUCGAAAAUGUUGGCGAAGCGUUUGUGUCAACACAUGUCCGCCAGCGACGAUGCCGAAGAGUCUAUGAUCUCAAAGUUGAAGGGGGCAUGCGGUUUCGAGUACACGAGCAAGUUGCAACGCAUGUUCUUGGAUAUCGGGGUCAGUAAGGGACUUAACGAAGAGUACAAAGAAUUCCUGCGCAAAAAUAAUCUCCCCAACGAGAUCGAUUUCAACAUUUUGGUCCUUUCCUCCGGCUCGUGGCCCUUCACACAAAGUCACACGUUCCGCCCGCCCAAAGAGCUCGCGCAAUCCGUGCAACGCUUCAACGACUUUUACAUCGUACGUCAUUCGGGACGCAAACUCAACUGGCUCUACAACAUGUGUCGCGGCGAAAUUAUCACCAACUUCGCCAAACAACGGUACACAUUGCAGGCAAGCACUUUCCAGAUGGCCGUUUUGCUGCAAUACAACGAACAACUCACCUGGAGCGUGCAACAACUCAUCGAAGGCACCAACAUCAAUCCGGAGAGUCUGAUUCAGGUACUGAGCAUCCUCAUCAAGGUGAAGUUGCUCAAGUGCCCCGACGAGGAAAAUCUCCAAACGACAAGCGUCAUCGAGCUCAAUACCGACUUCAAGAACAAGAAACUCCGGAUUCCCAUCAAUUUCCCGCUGAAAACCGAGCAAAAGAUCGAACAGGAAUCCACGCAUCGCAACAUCGAGGAAGACCGCAAGAUUCUCAUCCAGGCGGCGAUCGUGCGUGUUAUGAAGAUGCGCAAAAUGCUGAACCACACGCAACUCGUAACGGAGGUAUUGUCGCAGCUUUCGUCGCGAUUUAAGCCCAAAAUACAGGUCAUCAAGAAGUGCAUCGAUAUUCUCAUCGAGAAGGAGUAUUUGGAACGCAUGGAAGGCCAAAAGGACACGUACAGUUACUUAGCUUAAUUUUUUUUUUCUUUAGUGAAACUCACUUAGAUCCGUAUUCGUAUAUAUAUAUAUAUUUAGACAAAACUCUCCAAGUUUAUUUUUUCGAUUAAAUCUUUGUUUUUUAUAGCCA